UUUAUUUUAUCUUAAAUUUGAACCAAUGAGUUUCCCACCCACCAAAAUCUUGAUCAAUCCAAGAGCAGCCGAACAACAAUGCUUAACCCUCCUACAAACAUGCACCACACUCUUAAACCUCACCAAAGUCCACACCCACAUUCUCAAAUUAGGCCUAGUAAACAACACAUUUGUCCUUACCAAAUUCACACAGACUUCAUCUGACCUCAAUGCCAUCCACUACACCAGUUCAAACAUCUUGUUUGGCCCAUUCUCUAAACCCCAUUUAUAUGACACGUUUCUCUACAACACCAUCAUUAGAGCAUAUGCGCAAACCCUUGAAUAUAAGACUAAUGCUAUAGAUAUAUAUAAAAACAUGAUUUCUUAUGAUAUAAUGCCUAAUAAAUUCACAUACCCUUUUGUUUUAAAAGCUUGUGCUGGUGUUGGGAGGUUGCGGGUUGGCCAAUCCGUCCAUUGUAGUGUUGUUAAGUUUGGGUUUGAUGAGGAUGUACAUGUGCUGAAUACCAUGGUUCAUAUGUACUGUUGUUGCGGGUGUGUGGGGAGUGCGCGCUAUGUGUUUGAUGAAAUGCCUAAGUGGGACUCUGUAUCGUGGAGUGCGAUGAUUGGUGGGUAUGCGCGGAUUGGGAUGUCGACGAAUGCUGUUGAGUUGUUUAGGGAAAUGCAGAUUGCUAAGGUGAGGCCUGAUGAGAUUACUAUGGUUGCUGUUUUGUCUGCUUGUAGUGAUUUAGGUGCUUUAGAGCUUGGGAAUUGGAUCGAGAGGUCCGUCGAAAGGGAAAAGAUUUCGAAAACUAUGCAGCUUUGUAAUGCUUUGAUUGAUAUGUUUGCGAAAUGUGGUGAUGUUGAUAAGGCUUUGAGGUUGUUUAGAAGUUUGGAUAGGGCAACGAUCGUUUCUUGGACUUCUGUGAUUGUUGGUAUGGCUAUGCACGGUCGUGGUUUGGAGGCUGCUUCCUUGUUUGAGGAGAUGGUUAAUUCAGGGGUGGUACCAGAUGAUGUUACUUUUAUUGGGUUGCUCUCGGCUUGUAGUCAUUCAGGGUUGGUUGAUGAAGGUCGAAAAUAUUUUGAUGCCAUGACUCAAGAGUUUCAUAUCAUGCCUAGAAUCGAGCACUAUGGUUGCAUGGUUGAUCUGUUUAGCCGGGCUGGACUUGUGAAAGAAGCAUUAGAGUUUGUUGAGAAUAUGCCGAUUGAGCCAAACCCGAUAAUCUGGAGGACAUUAACCGCGGCUUGUAGACUUCAUGGUGAACUAAAUCUUGGUGAAAGCAUUACUAAACAGUUGAUUAAAAAGGAACCAUUGCAUGAGUCUAAUUAUGUUCUACUUUCUAAUAUAUACGGGAAAAUGUCUAAAUGGGAAGAGAAGAACAGGGUUAGGGAAAAGAUGGGAGAGAAGGGCAUGCAAAAGAUACCGGGGAGUACCAUGAUCGAGUUAGACAACAAAAUAUACGAGUUUGUUGCUGGUGACAGAACACAUGAGUUUUAUAAAGAGAUCAAUGAGAUGAUUGAUGAAAUGCGACGGAAGAUUAAGAUGGCAGGAUAUGUUCCUACUACAUCAGAGGUGUUGCUUGAUAUCGGCCAAGAAGAAAGGGAAGAUGCUUUGUAUAGACAUAGUGAAAAACUUGCCAUUGCCUUUGCCCUUUUAAAGACUCCACCAGGGACUCCUAUACGAAUUGUGAAGAAUCUACGGGUUUGUGGUGACUGUCAUUCUGCAACAAAAUUCAUCUCUAAAAUCUAUAACCGGGAGAUUAUUGUAAGGGACAGAAACCGAUUUCAUUACUUCAAAGAUGGUGCAUGUUCAUGUAAAGACUUCUGGUGAAAAUUUGAUGAACUUCAGCAAGGGAGGUGUUUAUUACAUAUGCAGAACUACAACAACUAAAAGCUCGAUCUUUACCAGAACCCUGAUCUAGUUAGUUCGGUUUUCUGAUUAAUGGUGGAAUGCUCUGCUCAAAAUGGAAGAAGUUUUCUGGAUCAACCACACCCUUCACCAUUGCCAGCCUUCUGAAGUUGUUUCUAAAGUACCUGCUCCCCCAUUUCAUGGCUUCCGAAUAACUUGUGUUAUUUGCAUUGGCAUGUUUACCUAAAUCCAAAUCCCUGUAGUUCACAUAAGCUCCCCUUGGAUUCUUAGAUACAUAUGGUGUCAUAUUUUCAUAUAUCCUUCUCAUCCAACUUAUAUGCUUUUCUGAUACUUCACUGC